UAUAUUUUUACGUCACCAUUUCAUCAACAGCGUCAAGGUGUUCUUAUCUUCCUGGAAAGAGAAGCUCUUGGCAGGAAGAGGACUGAAAGAGAAAGUCUGCUCAAACCCGCUUUCGUCUCCUGCCAUUAUGGUGACAUUUAUCUGCUUCAAAAGCUUUCCAAGAGGGAGAUCUGGAAUUGUUAUGUUGCACAUUCCAGUGAAGGACUUCCUGAGCCUCAAUAUUCCAGAUGAAGGGAGCCAAAAGGUUCUGCUGAGGGGAAACCCUGAAGUUAUCAUACUAUUGAUGAUGGGUCCUAUUGUUUUGACUGCGUUGGCGCUGCUCCUGGUUGCGCAGGAAGGUACCGCAGACAGAAUCCAAAACAGAAGAACCAAAAGGGAGCUGGCCAGUCCUCUGCAUGCUGGUGGCAUCAGGGACCCAUACGGCUCCUACUGCCACAGGCGAGGAGGCUGUUGCCCCGGCAGAGACGACCUGUGCACCGUGCCCUACCUGGAUACCAUCUGCUACUGUGAUUUGUUCUGCAACCGAACCAUCUCCGACUGCUGCCCGGACUUCUGGAACCGCUGUCUGGGUGUCCCGCCACCUUUCAUUGAUAUCUGUGAAAGAAAUGGAAACAAGUUUUAUACAGGGCAAACAUACAAAGAAAACUGCAAUUUAUGCACAUGUGGAUCCUCGGGACGCUGGCAGUGUGAGCAGAAUGCUUGCCUUAUUGAGCCGGACGUCAUUAAUGCCGUCAACCGAGGAAACUACGGAUGGAAAGCUGCAAACUACAGUCAGUUAUAUGGCUUGACUUUGGAUGAAGGCAUCCGAUUCAGACUGGGCACAAAGAGACCUUCCAGCACUAUUAUGAACAUGAAUGAGAUUCAGAUGAACAUGGACCCUCAGAAUGAUCAUCUACCGCUCUACUUCAACUCACUGGAGAAGUGGCCCGGGAAAAUUCACGAACCGCUGGAUCAGGGCAACUGUGCCGCCUCAUGGGCUUUUUCAACUGCAGCUGUGGCAUCAGACCGAAUCUCCAUUCAGUCCAUGGGUCACAUGACUCCUCAGCUGUCGCCCCAAAAUCUUAUCUCCUGUGACACACGCAACCAAGGAGGCUGCGCAGGAGGCCGAGUAGACGGAGCCUGGUGGUACCUCCGGCGUCGUGGAGUUGUGACAGAUGACUGUUACCCAUACCAACCUCCGCAACAAAGCCCAGCAGAGGUGGGGCGUUGCAUGAUGCAGAGUCGCUCAGUGGGGCGAGGCAAGAGGCAAGCCACACAGCGUUGCCCCAACACACAGAACUACCACAACGACAUCUACCAGUCCACACCGCCCUACAGGCUCUCAUCCAACGAAAAAGAGAUUAUGAAGGAGAUCAUGGAUAAUGGUCCUGUGCAAGCUAUUAUGGAGGUCCAUGAGGACUUCUUUGUCUACAAGAGUGGGAUCUACAAACACACUGAUGUCAGCUUUGCCAAACCGCCACACUACCGCAAACAUGGCACACACUCGGUCAGGAUCCUUGGGUGGGGAGAAGACAGAGGCUAUAAUGGGACACCAAGAAAAUACUGGAUUGCUGCCAACUCCUGGGGAAAGAACUGGGGCGAGAACGGCUACUUCCGCAUCGUUCGGGGAGAAAAUGAGUGCGAGAUCGAAGCAUUUGUGAUCGGCGUCUGGGGCAGAAUCACUAUGGAGGACAUGCAGAAUCACCAACAUCGCCGCAGACACGUUUAAAAGAAGACUUUUGUGAUUUUGAAACCCCCCACUGUGAUCUUUGCUUUUUUGCUCUGCAGCAGAGAACGUCACUGUGUCCCUUUAACGAACAAACUGUCUGGGAGGGCCUCAAAGCUAAAACCUUGCUUUACAGUGGGGGCGUCUAUGCAAACACUGUUAAUUCACUUCUUCAUUAGAACAAACUGCCCAACUUUAU